CGGGGGUUGAUAUCGUAAUUUCAAGCCGCGCCCGUCCGUCCCCGGACCCGGCGCAUUGUCUAUCGCUCUAGUCAUCCUGCGAUAAUUUCACCGCCGUUUUCCCGUCAAAUCCCUUCCCUCCUUCGCCCUAAAACCAACGGCAGCGAUGCACCGACUCUCCGAUCUCCCUACUCCUCGUGUUCUCCCCUUUGACGGUACAUCAAUCCCCUUCCUACCCCCUUGGCGCAAACGUCGCCGCACGCUUCUCCGGCGAUCUACCGUGCACUAACAUAUAUUCCUCCGAUUUUGUUGAGAUUUCCACAUCGCUCCUCUUCUUGGAGAAAUCCCACCGCAAGAAAAAACAAGGUAGGUUUAGGGGUUGAGAGGUGAUGGAGGUACCUUCGAGGCCACCGAAUCCGGCGAUGCCAUACCGAGAAGACUGUUGGAGUGAAGGGGAGACGUCGGUUCUGGUCGACGCGUGGGGCGACCGUUUCCUUGAUCUCAACCGGGGAAAUCUCCGCCAGAAGCAGUGGCAGGAGGUGGCGGACGCCGUCAAUGCGAGGCCUGGCGCGGGGCGUCGGCCUCCUCGUACGGACGUGCAGUGCAAGAACCGGAUCGAUACGCUCAAGAAGAAGUAUAAGAUUGAGAAGGUUAAGAUAUCGGAUGGCGCCUAUGGUAGCCAGUGGCCUUUCUACUCCCGCUUGGACAUGCUCAUCGGGUCCACUGUUCCUGCUAAAAAGCCGCCCCGUUCUUCUUCUUCUCCUCCGCUUGCGCUGCCUUUGCCCUCCUAUCGCAAGGGGUUGCCUCUACCGAUGGCAGCUGCUGUUCGCGCUGUUGAGUCUCUGCCAAAGGAGAAACGCCCUGCUGCCGUGGGACUUUCCGCGGACGACUCUUUCUUUGGGAGGAACUACACGGUGGCUGCUGCUGCCGCCGCUGCUGCCGCGGAGGUGGAAUCUGGGUCGUCGUCUAAGUUGUCUGCAUCGAGCACGGAGAGGUCUAGGUCGACCCGGGACAGAUCUGCGAGGGGGUUGAGGAAGAAGCGCAAGGGACGAGAGGGUGGCGGGAUCGGUGAACUGGCACGCGUGAUCGAGUGGUUCACGGAUAUUUAUGAGAAUGUGGAGGUUGAGAAGCAGCGACAUAUGAUUGAGCUGGAGAAGGAGAGGAUGGAGUUCAUCAAGGGUUUGGAGUUCCAACGUAUGCAGAUGUUUGUGGAUACCCAGGUUCAGAUGGAGAAAAUCAAGCGCGCUAGGCGGUCUGAUGCUGACAUUUACUCGUAGCAAGAUCAUGAGAUGGAAGUUUUGUAAGCGAUUAUUGUCGUCUGGUCUAUACAAUUUGAAGGACACCUGCACUUAGUUUGUUAGCAGGUAAUUCUUCCUUGUAUGCUUUGUUAAACAGAAAUCAGAACCUGGAAGCCUGUAAUAGAGCUUAGGUAACAGCUGAUAUUUGCUUUAUUGUCUUUCUUUCCUUAGAUUAUUUAAAAGCCAUUUACUGACUGUCAAAAUCUAAUUUCAUCUUUUAAUUUUCCUCUUAUUGACUAA